AUGGAGGCCGUUCCCCAGCCACGGCCCCGGCCCCGGCCCGGCGGGGCCGCCGCCCCCCUGCUGCUGCCGCCGCCCCCGGAGCAGGAGCGGAAGCUGGAGCAGGAGAAGCUGUCGGGGGUGGUGAAGAGCGUCCACCGGCGGCUGCGCAAGAAGUACCGGGAAGUGGGAGACUUUGAUAAGAUCUGGCGUGAGCACUGUGAGGAUGAGGAAACUCUGUGUGAAUAUGCUGUGGCAAUGAAAAACCUUGCAGAUAAUCACUGGGCAAAAACUUGUGAAGGGGAAGGCCGAAUUGAAUGGUGUUGCAGUGUAUGCCGAGAAUAUUUUCAGAACGGCGGGAAAAGAAAAGCACUUGAGAAAGAUGAAAAAAGAGCACUUCUUGCUUCUAAGACCACUCCAGCUUUAAAUGUUCACCAGGCUCCCAAGAUUGAAGAUCCCUUGCCAAACUUUGGCUUGACAAGUCAUGAAGCUUUGACAGAAGAAUUGCUCCACUCCUUGGGAAAGAUCAGAUUACUUGAUGUUGGUAGCUGCUUUAAUCCAUUUCUGAAGUUUGAAGAAUUUCUGACAGUUGGCAUAGAUAUUGUUCCAGCUGUUGAGAGUGUAUACAAAUGUGACUUCUUAAAUCUUCAAAUUCAGCAACCGCUCCAACUGGCACAAGAUGCUAUAGACGCCUUUCUUAAGCAACUGAAAAAUCCCAUUGAUUCUCUACCUGGAGAACUGUUCCAUGUCGUCGUUUUCUCGCUCCUUCUUUCUUACUUUCCAUCACCCUAUCAACGAUGGAUAUGCUGCAAGAAGGCACAUGAACUUCUUGUAUUAAAUGGCUUAUUGCUUGUAAUAACUCCUGACUCAUCUCAUCAGAAUCGCCGGGCUAUGAUGAUGAAAAGCUGGAAAAUUGCCAUAGAAUCCUUGGGUUUUAAACGCUUCAAGUAUUCCAAGUUUUCUCACAUGCACCUGAUGGCAUUUAGGAAGACUUCCCUGCAAACAACAAGUGACUUAGUUAGCAGGAACUACCCAGGAAUGUUGUAUAUCCCACAGGAUUUCAACAGUAUAGAGGAUGAGGAGUAUUCCAACGCUUCCUGCUAUGUUCGAUCAGAUACAGAAGAUGAACAGCUAGCUUACGGUUUUAUGGAGCUACCUGAUGCUCCUUAUGACUCAGACUCUGGAGAAAGCCAGUCUAGUUCAAUUCCUUUCUAUGAGCUAGAAGAUCCUAUAUUGCUUCUAAGUUAAUGUAGUUGUUGA